GGCGGGGCGCGACGUCCGCCGUGCGGGGUCCCGGCGUCGGCGCGCGCGCUCCCUCCUCUCGGAGAGAGGGCUGUGGUAAAAGCUGUCCCGAAAAUGGCUGCCGCCGCCGCCGCCGCCGCCGCCGCGCCGAGCGGAGGAGGAGGAGGAGGCGAGGAGGAGAGACUGGAAGAGAAGUCAGAAGACCAGGACCUCCAGAGCCUCAAGGACAAACCCCUAAAGUUGAAAAAGGUGAAGAAAGAUAAGAAGGAAGACAAGGAGGGCAAACAUGAGGCCCUGCAGCCAUCGGCGCACCAUUCUGCGGAGCCUGCAGAGGCAGGCAAGGCGGAGACCUCCGAGGGCUCGGGCUCCGCCCCAGCUGUGCCAGAAGCAUCUGCCUCCCCCAAGCAGCGACGCUCCAUCAUUCGGGACCGGGGGCCCAUGUAUGACGACCCCACCCUACCGGAGGGCUGGACUCGGAAGCUUAAGCAGAGGAAGUCUGGCCGCUCUGCUGGGAAGUACGAUGUCUACUUGAUCAAUCCCCAGGGAAAAGCCUUUCGCUCUAAAGUGGAGUUGAUUGCGUACUUCGAAAAGGUAGGCGACACCUCCCUGGACCCUAACGAUUUUGACUUCACGGUAACUGGGAGAGGGAGCCCUUCCCGGAGAGAACAGAAACCACCUAAGAAGCCCAAAUCUCCCAAAGCUCCAGGAACUGGCAGAGGUCGGGGACGCCCCAAGGGGAGUGGCUCAGCGAGACCCAAGGCGGCAGCGUCCGAAGGUGUUCAGGUGAAAAGGGUCUUGGAGAAGAGCCCUGGGAAGCUUCUGGUCAAGAUGCCCUUCCAGGCGGCACCCGGGUGUAAGGCCGAGGGCGGUGGGGCCACCACGUCGGCCCAGGUCAUGGUGAUCAAGCGCCCUGGCCGCAAGCGGAAAGCUGAGGCCGACCCCCAGGCCAUCCCCAAGAAGCGGGGCCGGAAGCCAGGGAGCAUCGUGGCCGCCACCACCAUGGAGGCCAAGAAGAAGGCCGUGAAGGAGUCUUCCAUCCACUCCGUGCAGGAGACCGUGCUCCCUAUCAAGAAGCGCAAAACCCGGGAGACGGUCAGCAUUGACGUGAAGGAGGUGGUGAAGCCACUGCUUGUGUCCACCCUCGGCGAGAAGAGCGGCAAGGGACUGAAGACCUGCAAGAGCCCCGGGCGGAAAAGCAAGGAGAGCAGCCCCAAGGGGCGCAGCAGCAGUAGCAGCGCCUCGUCACCCCCCAAGAAGGAGCACUACCACCACCACCACCGUGCGGAGUCCCCGAAGGCGCCCAUGCCCCCGCUGCUGCCCCCGCCCCCACCCCUGCCCGAGCCCGAGCCCGAGCCCGAGCCUGAGAGCUCCGAGGACCCCGCCAGCCCCCCUGAUCCCCAGGACUUGAGCGGCGGCUUCUGCAAGGAGGAGAAGAUGCCCCGAGGAGGCUCACUGGAGAGCGACAGCUGCCCCAAGGAGCCAGCUAAGACUCAGCCCGCGGUCACCAGCGCGGCCCCCGCUGCAGAAAAGUACAAACACCGAGGGGAGGGAGAGCGCAAAGACAUUGUUUCGUCCUCCAUGCCGAGGCCAAACAGAGAGGAGCCUGUGGACAGCCGGACGCCCGUGACCGAGAGAGUUAGCUGACUUUACUCAGCGCGGAUUGCAAAGCAAACCAACAAGAAUAAAGGCAGCUGUUGUCUCUUCUCCUUAUGGGUAGGGCUCUGACAAAGCUUCCCGAUUAACUGAAAUAAAAAAUAUUUUUUUUUCUUUCAGUAAACUUAGAGUUUCGUGGCUUCAGGGUGGGAGUAGUUGGAGCAUUGGGGAUGUUUUUCUUACCGACAAGCACAGUCAGGUUGAAGACCUAACCAGGGCCAGAAGUAGCUUUGCACUUUUCUAAACUAGGCUCCUUCAACAAGGCUUGCUGCAGAUACUACUGACCAGACAAGCUGUUGACCAGGCACCUCCCUUCCCACCCCACCUUUCCCCACCCAGUCGCAGUCGUUAGGGAUGUUAGGGACGGACAGCAGUCGAGAGGACACUCUCAUUUGGUGCCAUCAGUGCCCCGCCCACGGUGCCCCAGCUCCCCCACCUCCCACCCCCAACCACAGUGGGAUAAGGAGGCGAAGCAGAGAGACCGUCAAAUUCUUUAAAGAAGACAAGGGAGAUGGCCAGUGGCUGCGGCCCGCACCAUCCCAGACGUGGCGGCACAAGCCUGGCCCCACACCAGCCCCAAUCCAAAACUGACGAGGACAUUUCACAGAACAGGAAAGUGGCACCUGUCUGCUCCAGCGCCAGCUCGGCUCAGGGGGAGCCCUGAACUUCGAGUGUAGACUGGCCUGAGCCACAGGAGAGGAUAGCCCAGGGUGAGGUGAGGUCGCCUGUUCUUGGGAGGUGGCGCCAGGACAGGCACAGGCCACUGGCCACACCCCACAUCGCACCGCACCUGGCUGACCCAGCACUGCGGGUGGGACAGGAGAGAGAUUCCUAGUCGCUUAGAGUAGCCUGACUGGUAGUUAGGGAUGUCCGGACGGGCUAGGGGGCACAGGCAGGAGAGUCUCGAAACUGUUCUUCCAAUUACUUUCCAGUUCUCCUGUAGGGACAGCAUAGAAUUAUUUGCACUAUUGAGUCUUCAUGUUCCCACUUCAAAACAAACAUGCUCCGAAAGCAACCUGGCUUGAAUUGGGGACACUGUCCCUUGAGCCACCAGAUGUGAUGGUGUUCCAAACUACCUGGAUCUGUAUAUACCUGCGCUUGUUUUAAAGUGGGCUCAGCACAUAGGGUUCCCACGAAGCUCCGAAACUCUAAGUGUUUGCUGCAAUUUCAUAAGGACUUCCUGAUUAGUUUCUCCUCUGCCCUUCCAUCUCUGCCUUCCAUUCAUUUUACCCUUUCAUUUCUCCCAUCCUCCUGCCUCCAAGCUCAUUCUCUCUCCGGGCAGCCCCGGUACCCACCCACACACCAAGCCGCUCUGCUCUGGUCAGCCCCAGCCCCUACAGCCCUUGCAGCCUUUGCCCUCGCUGCCAGCCCCACUCAGCCCCAUUGCCUGCACCCUGGGCACAUGAAGUCCACUGUGGCCUCUAUGAGGAGCGGGAGGGCAGCACCCUCUUCCCUGCUAAGAAAAAGGCAAGGGCCUUAGCAUCUGCCCUGUAGGCCUUUCCUUCCCUGUGCUCAAGGGAAGCAGGCCAGGGAUGCUGGCCACAUCCAGUGUCCAGGGGCCGGCCUGCCACAGUCACUGAGGAGCCCAGCAGGGCUAGCAGACUGUGGCAGGGCAGCGGGUAACAAGCCCUGAACUGGGACUGGUACUGGCACCUGGGCUCUGGCCCCCUCUGCUCGCCCUUUCCCCACUGAAUCCUUUCCUGUGGAGUCGCUUGCUUUGUUCGCUGGAGACAGGGCGGGGCCAGGACAUGGCGGCCUCUAGUCUCCCCUGUGAGUGUGGGGUGGGGUUAGAGGCUUGCUCCAUUUCUGUUGGGGAUCCCAAAGUUCUCACCUGUGAUCAGGAAGUCCUUAUCUAGCUGCAUAUCUUCAUCAUAUUGGUAUAUCCUUUUCUGUGUUUACAGAGAUGUCUCUUAUAUCUAAAUCUGUCCAACUGAGAAGUACCUUAUCAAAGUAGCAAAUGAGACAGCAGUCUUACCUUCCAGAAACACCCACAGGCACGUCCUGCGUGAGCUGCUGCCAUGAACUGUCAAGUGCGUGUUGUCUCGUGUAUUUCAGUUCUUGUCCCCCGGCUUCCUUACUGCGGUGUAAUCAUGAAGGAUGAAACAUCAUAGAAACUGUCUAGCACUUCCUUGCCAGUCUUAGUGAUCAGAACCCUAGUUGACAGUUCCAAUCAAUAGCUUCAGAUAACCCAUGUCUGUCUCCGUGACGGUUGGGAGCGAGGGAGUCCGCCUGUUCUGUUCUGUAGUUGUAGUCGGACUUUAACCUCUCCGUGUCCCUCUCCCUGUGCCGACAGCCGACUCCCAUCCGCCAGCCUGGCCCCUUCACCCGCUCUGCGCUCAUCCUCCGCCUCCCCAGGAAGGGGAAGGGAGCGGGGUCGUAGGAAGGGACGAGGACUUUGAAACUCCUCUUCCUCCAAGGACAAAAGGCCCCUGGCCCCACAGUGGCCUCGCACUCCCGGCACCCCCAAAGGACACCUACCCACACAGGCGUGGCAGCCGGCCAGGUUGGCGACAAGAAGAUGUCUGUUGUGGUCAGCAGGGUUGGCGUGCACCUUUCUGCCCAGUCUGGUGGAAUGUGGUCCCAGGAAGAGGGGUGUGGGCCCCACAUCCCAGGCCUGGGCCUCUGGGCGUUUCGGUGUCGUUUUCCUUCAGUUGGUCCCCACCUGUAGCCCCCUGCUCCCAGUUUCUCUCCCUUAGAGUUGGUUUUAAGACCACAGGCAGUGCCUGCAGCUCCAUAGGGUUUCCUCUGUGCCCCUCUGCCCCGUCGCUUCCUACCCCCACAUAAAGGAGGGCAUCGUGAGUUGGUCGCAUUUCGGCAGGCAGCUUUGGCGGUCUGUGGCCCUCGCAGGCAGGGCCCUGCUGCUCCCAGGCCCCCGCCGUGGGGUCAGGGUGACAGGAGGUCUGAGGGAAAGCCUUAAGCCACGGGAUUCUCACCAGCUGUGUCCAGCCCAGUUUUGGGGUGUGACCUCAAUUCUGUCUGUACUUGAGCACUAUGAAGACUGGGGGCACUUUUCAGUGACUGUCAGCUUUCAGAUACCCUGGGGCGACGUCAUUAAGGACACACCCACAGUUUCCCACCCUGUUAGUCAUUAGUUACUACCUCCUCUCCCCAAGGAACCCGUCUGUCCUCCCAGGUAUGUCCGCGGGGGCCUGGCCCAGCCCUGCGCGUUGGUGACUCUGACACAGCCAGUGAGAAGCCGACUUUGAUGUUGUAGUGAUCUGGGUUACUGGGCCACAGCCCAGUACAGCUCCUUAUGUGGCACAGCGGACACCUGGAAAUGCCACCUGCCCCAGUCGAUCAGUGCCAAACUAGCCAAGGAGCUCAGCCUCUCAGCUUGGGACGGUGAAAGCCACCACCCCGAUGUGAGUCCGGAUGAGUCUGCCAGGGACCACCAACAUUGGAAGUGGGACCCGGAGCAGCCUCCGUUUGUCAUUACUGUGAUGGUGAUCAUGAAAGAGUGUAACGACCAGAAACAAACUGCCAGGCUUAGUGGGAAAAGUUUCCAUAGCUGGCAGGACCUCGGAAUUUUAAGUAACUUUUACUAAGUGGCUCCAGCCCAGGAGAGAGCCACAGAGUAUGGACUGAAUCCACCGGGUAGGACUGUGUUGAUGUCUCUUAGCUUGCCGGAGUCCAGCAGCCAGAGCUCCGGGUACCCCCUUCUCUGAGCACUCGGUGGCUCUUGGGGGAGACCUCUGUGAUUGGUUCGUAGCCUGGGUCCGUGCCCCACUGCAUUUCCCGGCUCCAGUUCACGCCCACAGAUUCCAGGACCAAUGGCCUAGGCCUCAGCGAGUCCAUGCUUUCCAGGGCUCCAGCUUCGGCCACGGGGCCAGGGGAAGUGGCCACAGGGCCGGCUGGACGAGCCUUCUGCCCUCUGUCCUCUUCCUCUCCUCUGUCCUGCUCUCUGCACCCGCGAACAGCUCUGUUCUGAAAGGAUUUGUUGAUUCUCUCCAUUUUGAUGUCUUUCUCUUUUAGAUAUUGUAUCAAUCUUUAGAAAAGGCUUAGGCCUAAUUGUUAUAAAUCGCUAGGAUACUGCCUCCUCCAGGGUCUAAAAUUACUUAUUAAAGGGGGAAAAUUGAACAUUGAAAUCAGUUCUUAACAAUGUACAAGGAAAACCUAGAAAACAUUUGGCAGAAAAUUACAUUUUGAUGUUUCUGAAUAAGAGCAAGCUUUUGCAAAAAUGCCAAUCCCAAAAUACUUAGUACUCAGCCUGAGAUAUCUAGUGAAUGUGACAGGCACAGGGAACUCGAGUCAGGGGCCUCGUCAUUGUCACUGCUGGGGUUGCCAUUGCUGGGGACACCGCUUCUGACACUGUCUCAAGGGGGAGGGGGUGGGCGUUGGCAUUGUGAGGCUGACUCACUAGUGGUCUCUGAGGCCUAGACCACCCACCCUACCGCCCACCCCGGGCACCUCUCACCUUGGCAGAUUUGGCCCCAUCCUUGCUGGGGCCAGGAAAACAGAGUGGUGUCCAGGGAGCUAGGUGGGGCCCCAGGGACAGUGGGGAGGGAGGACAGGCCCCAGCCUGAUCUAUUGAUCUCUUUGUGGGAACAGACUCGCAUCUGAAUUCAGGAGCAUGUGGGCAGCUGCCAGGUCUCUGCCCCCUUCUGCCUGUCUUGCCUUUGUCGGGUCCUGCUCGGCAGUGAGAAGAGAUGUGCCGAAGAGGCCACAGGCUCCGCUCCUGCCACGUCACCCCUCUCCCAGCGGUGUUUGUGUCAAGUGGCAAAGCUGUCCUUCCUCGUGACCCUGACCCUAUCCAGUAACUUAGAGAUUAUGCAUAGGCCUGCUUGGUCUCCUCUGCCCUGGGCUUUUGUUUUGCUUUUGAGUUUUGCUUUUAGUUCUCCUGUCCCUUUUAUUUUAUGCACCAACUAGACACACAAAGCAGUUGAAUUUUUAUAUAUAUAUAUAUAUGUGUGUGUGUGUGUGUGUGUGUAUAUUGCACAAUUAUAAACUCAUUUUGCUUGUGGUUCCACACAAAAAAAACCUGUUAAAAUUAUACCUGUUGCUUAAUUACAAUAUUUCUGAUAACCAUAGCAUAGGACAAGGGAAAAUUAAAAAAAAAAAAAAAAGAAAAAAAAUGACAAAUCUGUCUGCUGGUCGCUUCUUGGGUCCAAGCAGAUCUGUGGUCUUUCCCCCUCCUGAGGGCUUCUCUGUGCUGAGCAGAGGCGGGACGGAGAGUGGAGGCGGGGAAGGCUCCCCACCCAGUGACAAGCCUGGGGGCUUGAGGGGGAGAGGAGAGGUCACACCAGGUAGAAUGCCAGGGACCCCAGACCCAUGCCAGACAGUCCAGAGGUCCUCUCCGGGAAGUAGCAAAGACUCCAUCCAUGUCCCUUUCUAUUCUCCCCCUCCCAUGAGUAAUUGCAUUUGCUUUUGUAGCCCUUAAUGAGCAAUAUCUGCUAGAGAGGUUAGCUGUAACAGUUCUUUUUGAUCACUUAUUAAGUCAUUAAAAAACACCAAAAAAACAGAAUCCAGAAACGUUCUUCCAAAGCAGAGAGCAUUAUAAUCACCAGGGCCAAAAUCUUCCCCUCUGCAUCAUGCUUCUUCUGAGGCCAGCAUCCAACAGUGGGUCACAGGCCCCCGAGGACAAGGGCUGGGGCAGCCCCUGGUGGCUCCCAGGGGUCCCAGGGCUGGGCCGCUCCCCAAGCUCAGUAUUAUCAGGCUGCACAGUUCUCUCCCAGCCCGCCUGGGAGGGGUGCAGGAAGCAGAGGCCGGUGCCGCUGAUGCUGACGUCCGGCCACAAUGGUGGGUGUCCGCAUGUGUCCGCGUGUGUGCUUUGCUUCCCGACAAGGUAGCGUCCUGUCCCGCUGACCUGUAGCCCCGGCCGGAUGGAGCAGGGCCACCCAGCUCAGUGCUUCUGGGAGCUGGACAGUGGAGUGCGAAGGCUGCAGAUGCGGAGCCUGCUCCUUCCCUACUACCACGGCCUCCUUUCCAUUUGAUUUUUCAAUGCUUCAAUCAAUGACAGCUGCUCCAGAGUCAGUAGCCGAAUAUAUGACCAAAUAUCACCAGGACUGUUAUCAAUCGUGCCGAGCCCUCCCUUGAGGGCUCCGUGUACCUGGACACUGUAACUGUGCCGUGUUUGCUCCUCCUCCCCUGCCUUCCCGCCCCCCCUUGUCUCUCUGGGGUUUCUCUGUUUGGGUUUGGUUUGGUUUUUAUUUCUCCUUUUGUGUUCCAAACAGGAGGUUUUCUCUACUGGUCCUCUUAACUGUGGUGUGGAGGCUUCUAUUUGUGUAAUUUUUGGUGGGUGAAAGGAACUUUGCUAAGUAAAUCUCUUCUGUGUUUGAACUGAAGUCUGUAUUGUAACCAUGUUUAAAGUAAUUGUUCCAGAGACAAAUGCUUCAGAUGCCUUUUCUUUCCAAGCAGAGCAUUCCGGAGGGAGGGGGACGGUGACUGAGACCUGAAGGGCGAUCAAAGCGAUAACCCCUACCAGAUGGGCCUGAGACCCCCUGGGAGUCCUGCUCCACCAACAGACUGGGUAGGCUGACGGGUUGCCAUUUGCAGAGACCAAGCACAAGCAGCUUUUGUUCCACGCAGUGGAUUCUCUCCACAGCGAUGCCCACCCCCAGUUUAUUAGCAUUGUUAUCUGUAAGUAAAGACAAGAUUCAUCCUCCUUCCUGGAGAGCUGAGGGAAGGAGGGGCCUGGUGCGCAGGUCACAGGUCACGGUCACAGGCUCACAGGCGGAGCGGGCUUAGCCACGCCCUGCCUGGCAGCUCCUCCUGGAUAUGGCUGGGUUGGGCGCAGGGCAUCCUUGGCCCCCAGGCACUUCUGUCACUCCCCAUCCUGUCACUGACAUGACUUCACUACUCCCCACUGUGCUGGGGUGAGCCAGUGCCAGUGGUUCAGUCCUCAGAGAGAUUCGGACCUGAGCUAACAAAGCCCUUCCCUCCCCUCGGCGAGCGAGUGGAGCCUUCUUGGUUGAUGCAGUUACCCUCCUUAGACGUUGUUCUGGGCUCACCUUCAGGCAAGGACAGUGGGGCUGGAAUGACCUUUGCACAUGGAGCUUAGCGCCCGGAAGCAGGCAGGCUGUCCCCCUCUGAGUCCAAGUCCCAGUCCCCUGUGCCAUCCUGGAGGCCAAGAUCCACAGGAUGGACAGGGCUGCCACCUGACGCCAGAGGGGUUCACGGGGCACGGGGAUGGGCCUGGGGCAGACUUAGCUGGAGGGGUCUUGAAAAGCCCUCUGUCGCAUUCACCUUCAGUUUUUGUGUUUUGGGACAAUUACUUUAGAAAAUAAGUAGGUUGUUUUAAAAACAAAGAUAUUGAUUGCUUUUUUGUAGUGUUCAAAAAGGUUCUUUGUGUAUAGCCAAAUGACUGAAAGCACUGAUAUAUUUAAAAACAAAAGGCAAUUUAUUAAGGAAAUUUGUACCAUUUCAGUAAACCUGUCUGAAUGUAUCUGUAUACGUUUCAAAAACACCCCCCACUGAACCCCUGUAACCUAUUUAUUAUAUAAAGAGUUUGCCUUAUAAAUUUACAUAAAAAUGUCCGUUUGUGUCUUUUGUUGUAAAAUCAAGUGGUUUUUUCAUAAGGUUCUUUUACUAUUUGAAAAGAUGGGCAGCACGCAGUUUUAUUUUAUUUUUGUAAGUUUUUAAUACCUGUGAAGCAAAGAGUACUCAGCAUGCCUUUCGAAGUGACGCGUUUGCACCUUUUGUUGGGAAGUACUGUAUCCUGUGCUGUUCGCAUUCGAUAAACCUCUCUGUGAAAGUGA